AUGCGCAGCGGCCAUACCCCGGGCAACGGCUUCGACAGGCCGGCCAAACCAGCAAGCCGCGGCUGGCAGUUUAACCCAAUCUGCGGCCGAAACCAAAAGAAAAAUUUGAGAAAACUUACAAUUGGUGUACGGAAUGUUCGUACCCUCAUGGAUCGAGAAGCUGUUGCAAGACCUGAGAGAAGGACAGCCCUCAUUGCUCGAGAACUAGUCCGCUACAACAUCGAUAUAGCGGCAUUAAGUGAAACAAGAUUGCCUGGGGAAGGUUUCUUGAGUGAACCAGGAGGUGGUUAUACCUUCUUCUGGAAGGGUAAGACUGAGACAGAGGACAGAAUACACGGAGUUGGUCUGGCAAUAAAAACCUUAUUGAUGCAUCAACUCCCAGAUCUUCCAGUAGGUAUCAAUGAAAGAUUGCUGAAGCUACGCUUCCCACUAAAUGCCAAACAUCAUGUCACCAUCAUCAGUGCAUAUGCACCCACUUUAACAUGCUCUGACAACUCAAAGGAACAAUUCUAUGAAGAUCUCGACAGACUGAUCAAGGCCACACCUGUAACAGAUAAACUACUCCUACUUGGAGAUUUCAAUGCCCGAGUCGGGGCUGACAGCGAGAACUGGAAAGGAGUAAUCGGGCCACAUGGUGUAGGCAAAAGGAACAGUAAUGGACUACUCCUUUUGAGUCUUUGUUCUGAAAAUGACCUGACCAUUACCAACACUCUGUUCCGACAAGCGGACAAAUACAAAACAACGUGGAUGCACCCUAGGUCCAAACAGUGGCAUCUGAUAGAUUAUGCCAUUGUUAGAAGGCGAGACAUCCGAGACGUACUGAUUACCAGAGUAAUACGAGGCGCAGAGUGCUGGACAGAUCACAGAUUAGUCAGGACGUCUCUUCAACUCUACAUCGUUCCUUCUCGGCACAAACACCCUAAGCAUGUGCGACCUGCUUUCAAUAUAGCCAAACUGAAGGAUGCUCAAUAUUUCAACAAAUUCCAGAAGAGUCUUGAUGACAAAUUGACAUCCCACGGACAACUGAUCGGUACUGUAACCACAAAGUGGGACCAGUUCAAGCAGAUAGUGACUGACACAGCAAUAACAUCUCUUCGACCAAAGAAAAGAACAAAUCAGGAUUGGUUUGAUGAGAACCAAGAAGAAAUAUGCUCAGCACUGGAAUUCAAGAACAAAGGCAGCAAAGCAGCAUGUGGAAACUAUAGAGGCAUAUCCCUCCUCUCUGUUGGAGGGAAGAUCAUCGCCCGCAUCAUCUUGAACUGCCUAAUAGCCAGUAUUUCCGAGGCAAAUCUACCUGAAAGUCAAUGUGGUUUUCGACCUGGCCGGAGCACAGUCGACAUGGUGUUUGCUGUCAGACAAAUACAAGAGAAGUGCAUUGAACAGAACAUGCACCUGUGUGCUGUCUUCAUAGAUCUGACAAAGGCGUUUGAUACCGUCAACAGGGAAGCCCUUUGGACCAUUCUAACACGACUUGGCUGCCCAAGAAAAUUUGUCCAGAUUAUACGCCUUUUUCAUGACAGCAUGACAGGUGAAGUAUUGUCUGAUGGAGCCACAUCAGCCCCCUUUAACAUCACCAACGGCGUGAAACAAGGAUGUGUUCUCGCUCCUGUCCUAUUUAACCUGUUCUUUGCAUGUGUCCUUAACCAUGCAGUGAAAGAUCUGGACCAAGGUAUAUACGUGAAAUACCGGCACGAUGGUUCACUUUUUGACCUCCGUCACCUGAAUGCAAAGACUAAGACAGUGCAGAAACUCCUUCUUGAGGCACUCUUUGCUGACAACUGUGCCCUCAUGGCUCACACUGAAAAUGACCUUCAGCACAUUGUCAACAAGUUUGCUGAGGCCUCGCAACUUUUUGGACUAACUAUCAGCCUCGGAAAGACAGAAGUUCUCCAUCAAUCUGCACCUGGAUCAAAUGCUUCUGUCCCGAGUAUCUCCAUCGACGGCACUCAGCUGAAAGUAGUGGAGAACUUUAAAUAUCUGGGUAGUGUCAUAUCCAGUGAUGGAUCACUGGAUAAUGAGAUCAAUGCACGAAUAUCCAAUGCAAGCCAGGCACCUGGCUGUCUGCGUGUCAAAGUUUUAAAUCACCAUAACAUCCGGAUGUCAACAAAACUGCUUGUGUACAGAGCUGUUAUUCUUUCAUCUCUUUUGUACAGGUGCAAAACAUGGACACUAUAUAGGCAUCACAUCAAGCAGUUCGAAGCAUUUCACAUGCGCUGCCUCCGUAACAUCAUGAAGAUCCGCUGGCAAGACAAAGUGCCCAAUCUCGACGUCCUCGAGAGAGCCCAGAUGACAAGCAUCGAAAUGAUGAUCAUGAAGUCACAGCUACGUUGGACCGGUCAUGUCAGC